CGAACGCGAGCGCCGGUCUCGCACGUCUGUCCGUUCGCGUUUUUCGUCCGCCGUCGAGAUCGUCGUCGCGUGCCCCUCGAUAUUAUAUUAUAUUAUUAUAAUAAUAUUAUAAUAUUGUCCUAUCGUCGUCGUCGUCGUCGUCGCGCGCGUGUAAAACGUUUGCUCGUUUUCGUCCGGUGUGUUAAUUUUGGUUUUUUUUGUGGUUUUUUUUAUUUUUUUUAAAAGAAACUUUGUUCGCCCUCGUCCGGAAAAACCGAAAUCGUUUCGCGAGUGUGCGUGUCCGUUUGUGUUUAGUUUGGUGUUUUUUUUUGUCCACUGCUCGGAACCCGCGGAGACCUGUGCUGCACAGCGCACUGCCCCCGCCAUGACGUCCGCUCCGCAAUGCUCCGGACUCUGAGAGAGAUUUCAGUCGCUUACACGUCGCUGUAUUAUUCCCUGAAAAAUAAUAUGGCUCUCAUUCCGUAGUUCUUGUUGUGAACUUGAGUUGAGAUCACACUCUGGUCAAAUAACCAAACGGUGACAUUAACGUAUCGCAACUUGUUCGUUUGUAUUCUUCCGAUCCAAUCGUACGACGGUUUGUAAACACAGUCAUCACCACCACCACAACCAUGGUUCUGAGGCACGGAUUCUGCCGCCAGUGCUCCGACAUGCUGUUCGUUGUAUGCACAAUCACCAUCGUCAUUACAGAUGUAUCGGAAUGCCUGUUGAGCAAAUCAAAUAAACAUCAAAAUACCUUGGGUGAAUUUUCGGAGAAACCCGAUCUACCAUACUUCGAUAAGGCAGCGUCGAAAAAUGUGACGUCCCCUUUGGGAAAAACGGCCUAUCUCAACUGCAGAGUCAAAAAUCUUGCCAACAGAACUGUCUCCUGGGUCAGACACCGAGACAUUCACCUGUUGACCGUCGGCCGGUACACUUAUACCGGUGACCAGCGUUUCCGGUCGAUCAAUCAGCCGCCCAGCGAAGACUGGACGCUUCAGAUCAAGUAUCCGCAGAUCAGAGACUCUGGUAUCUACGAAUGCCAGAUAUCCACCACGCCCCACAUCAGCCAGUACAUUCAUCUCCAAGUCGUCGAACCUCGCACUGACAUUAUUGGAGGACCGGAAAUAUUCAUUGAUCGAGGAAGUACCAUAAACUUGACAUGUGUUGUACUACAUAGCCCGGAACCGCCGUCUUACAUAUUUUGGAAUCAUAAUAAUGCUAUUAUCAGUUACGAUUCGCCCAGAGGAGGCGUGAACGUAGUCACCGAAAAAGGAACGGUCACCACCAGUCAUCUGCUCAUACAAGAAGCUCGGGUCGAGGACAACGGCCGAUAUCAGUGCAACCCGUCCAACUCACAGCCAAAGUCCAUCAACGUACACGUGUUGAACGGAGAGUACCCGGCGGCGAUGCAACACGGCGGCCAAGCUCACCAGAGGACCACUCACAUGUACUGUUUGAUAUUUUUCGCGUGCAUGCUGUUGCACGUGUAAGCGGCCACGUCGACGGGAGCGCACCAAAAAGACGACGCGACCGCAGCGCCGCGCCGAUGUUCCGGUCCGGGUGUCGUCUUCGCCUCAUCCACUUCGAUCCGCACUCGACCCGUUUCGGACCGACCCCGCGACCUAUAUAUUUUUGUUAAUAUUAAUAAUAUUAUUGUGUUUUGUAUAAGAUGUUGUUGUCCGCGGUUCCGCGCGCGCGCACUCGCCCAACCCACCUGCACCCACCGCCCGCCGUCGGCCGACCCGCGCGCUUACCCACCACGCGUGCACGGAGUGUACCCGUGAAAACACGAAACGACAGCAACCGCGUGUGGUGUAUGUGUGUGUGCGCGUGUGUGGGUAUGUGUGGGUGUGUGUGUGCGAACGAGCGUUCUUUUUACGUUAUCGAUACGAUGCGGGCAAAAAAAUGAAACCCCUAUGGAUUGUACAGUAGCAAUUUUAGAAAAAAAAAUAAUAAUAAUAAUAAUAAUAUAAUUUACCGCGACGACGACGACCCCGACCGACCGCCGAGUGAGAGACGGAGAUGGAGAACGGAAAAAAGAAACUGUAAUAUUAUUAUUUUAACGACGGCUUCCGCCGCAUUGCGUCAAAAGCGCUAUUAUAUGUAAAUGUGUGUGUGUGUGUGUGUGGGUGUGUGGGUUACGACGACGGGUGACGUGCAGGGCGAACUGUGUGUUCGCCUUGUCGUGGCGGGCGAACGCCGUCAAACGUGGAUAUUCAAUGGUUCGAUGAUUAUGGAAACUCUUUUUAUUCCCUAUCCCCCCCUCCCUCAACCAGCUACCGGUUCGGUAGGAAUAAAAUGUAGGAAAUAAUCCGUACCGCGCAUAACCAACCCCCGCUGCAGUUGCUAACCUCAACCACACGUCGCGACCCGUCAAGUGAAGCGUAUAUACAUUUAACAUUUUUAUUACUCACUGCAGUCGUCGUCGUAUUCGAAUUGCCGCGUAAAAUACUCCCACCCCCCGCCACGAAUCGACCGAAAUUAUAAAAAUAUUAUUCCCCCCCCCGCUCUUCGCCUAUACCCACAUGAUUGUUAGAACCAUGUAGGUCAGGUUCCACCCCGACGUCGCUAGCGACAACCGCGGUUAAUCUCUCCGAACCCUCGAGGCCUCGACCACGUCUAAGCCCGCUGCAAGUAUACCGUGUGGAGGGGAUCAAGGAAUUUCUUCCAGUCACCAUCUUUAUAGACGACGUCCGUGCACGCGACUCGAACGCCCUCGAUCGUCGGCGGUCUCCCCCGUCGCGCUUUAAAGAUAAUAUUGUUGUAAUUUUGUGAAAUAUAAUAUAAUAUUAUUAUUACCUACUAUAAACUAUAUUAAUAUACUAUCGUCGUUAGAUCAACAUAAUAUCAAUAAUAACUGUGUGUACAUUAGCUUCGCGUAUACAUUAUAAUAUAACGAGUCGUUGUUAUAGAUAUAACAAUACUAUAUUGAUGUGAAUAAUAAUAAUCUUUUCGACGAUUUUUUUUUUUUUUUUUUUGAUUUUUUUAGAUUAAUAGAUAUCCAAUCGGUUUUUGUCCGUCAGAGUUAAUUCUAUACAAUAUACGUCGUAUUAUAUAGUGUCGUGUUAAUGUAUUAUACUUGUAUCAUUAUCUCCCCCAUUCGGUGUAGACUCGCACACUAUUUUUAGGCGACUUCAAUAUUACUGUAUGAUAAUGAAUAAAUAUAUUAAUCAAUAAUUAUUAUGAUCGUCUGUCUGCUGGUUACUUAAUUAAAAUAUAGUAUGCCACCGUUGUGGGGUGUAUACCCAUAAUAAUAAUAUGUGAGGCGGACUAACGAUUAUCUGUGUGUAGAACUAAUAUAAUUAUCAUAAUAAUAUAAUAUUAUACAAUACAAACAUUAUCCGAUUAGGCAUUAGAAAAAUGCGCUUCGUUUUUUUUUUUUUUCAAUACUACAAUGUAACAUACGAUUCUAUUAUACUAUAUUAAUAUAUUAUAUAAUAAUAAUAAUAUUCAAUACCUAACUGUAAGUGUGUAUAUAUUAUAUAAAAAAAAAAAAAAAUUGAUAAUUUCUUCUUCGUCUUUUUCUAUAAACCGUAAAAUAAUAACUCUAAUAUUAAAUGUUAAAACUAUAAUGGCCUCUGUAUGGGAAUAAUCGACAUAUAUUUCGAUACAGGUACUAUACUAUUAUUAUUAUUAUUACAAUGUACCUAGCUGCAGUUGUCCGUUAACGCCGCCGCCGGUUAGAGGUACCUACCUAAUGAUAUUAUAAUAUUGUAAUAACGAACACUGUGUUGUACUCCGGGCUUUGUCGUCAGAGUAUUAACGAUAUUAAUAUUAUAAUUAUACAGUUUGAACUAUUCGUUGUCCACAUAAAUUGUGUAUCCUUAUGUGUUUAUAUUAUAUUAUUAUUAUUAUAAUAAGUGUACAUUACGUUUAUUAUAUAUUAUGCCAAUAACAAAAUUAUUUAUUAUGAUUGUCCAACCAAAAGAUACCUAUAGUUGAGUUAUAUUAUGUUAUAUAUUAUAUUAAAAAAAAAAAAAUUAACAGUUACAACAACAACAAUAAUAAUAAUAAUAAUAAUUAUAAUACCAUUUCAAACGAUUGUUACCUAUCUAAGAUAAGCUAGUAAAACUACGAAAAACGACGGUUUUUUUUAACCGUUUUCUGUUUUAAUAAUGUUGUAAAAAUCGUUAUACAAAAAAAUAUUAUGAAUUAUAUAUUACUAUGACAUAAUAUUAUUAUGUUAUAUUAUAUUAUUAUUAUAUUAUUAUGUAUUUAUAUUAUAUGUGAUCACGCGUAUUAUAUUAUUAUAAACAAAACAGAAACGAUAUUAUUGUAUUAUUUAUUUUCUAUGUCCGCCACGUUAUUCUUAGCUUAUAAUAUGUAUAUGUAUUACAAUAUGAUAUAUCAUUAUGAACUCCCGUGACGUACAUGUAAAUUUACAUAUUGUUUGUUCUGUUAUAGGUAAAUUCGUCGUACGAUUUUGAAUUUAAAACGACGCAUAAUCCUUGAUGUUUUGAAUAAAGAGAUAGAUCAUAAAAAAGAA